AUGCCUGCAGCCACUAAACCGCCUCGCAAAUACAAAGCCAAGCCACCGAUUUCCGCUUUGGAUUCUGCGGCGGCACAACACAGAAGACAGCAAUCAUGUAAAGCACAACGAGCAUACCGCCAAAGAAAGGAAGAUACGAUAGCCACUCUAUCGCAACAGAUUCUUGAGUUAGAAGGAACAAUCACAAACCUCAGUGCUUGUUUUGUGGGAUUGAAUGAUAAGGUACUAAAGUAUCUGGAUGGUAUCAAGAGCAAUGACGGGGAAAUGCUGGCAAGAGGCAUUGGCGAGAGUAUGGGAGAAUUCAAGAGAUUAAUUGAUGAUGAGGGAGGUAUUAAAGAUACUCAAGAAACUGAAGGCAAGGUAAUAAAAAAGAAAUCGAAGCACAGCCAACGUGAGGACUCGGCCACACAAACACCACCAGCGACAUUACCGACACCAGCUCCUGAAAAUGAACAUUUAUCGCCAAUGUCCAUCAUGCCUCACUUCAACACCGAAUAUCCACUACAACGCCAAUUGCCCUAUCAUCAGAGCCCUUCACCAUCAACAAACAUCCAAUCUUUCUCCGGCCCAACAUUCCAGGGUCUCUCAAUCCAACCCUACCAACCAUUACUCUCGGCACACGAAAUCACUGGUGAUCUCACAGGACUCGGCAUCUCGCAGAACCAACACGCGCUCGCUUACCGCAUUUGCAUCCCCACAAUCGCAAAAGCCUACUAUCUACUCCAGAACCGCGACAUCGAUGAUCCUGUCUUGCGGCGAGUCUUUGCAACGUACUAUGCCAUACACCCUGUAUACGAGGUCAAGAUGAGGGUAGAGGAGAUGGUGCAGAGGAGGAACGAUCGAAGUGUCUUCACGAAGCUGUCAGAGCGGAACGGGUGGUGGAGUGCUGUGGAAGUCGCAGCGUAUCUGUUCGAAAAAGGUGUCUGGUUCGAUGAGGCACGAGAUUGCUGUGUGAUUAAAGGGAGGGAGAUUGUUAAUGUUGAGAAGUUGAUUGAUGGCAUUGUCGUUGAUGCCGUCUGUGCGGUUGACCACCCGGAGUUCAGGGAAGAAACUGUGAAAAGAGCCAUUGACAAGAUUCUUGGGUAG